GCCGGGGUAUGUAGUCUCCUCCGCCCUAGCGCCGUUGCCGGGGGCAACGGUCCCAUCUGGCCGGAGUGGCUGGCGGUAGCGCGGUGGCGGCCUCUGCGGAUGGACAUCGUGGGAGGAGGUUGGCAAGGGAAACUUUCAGAAGAACUAGAUGCUGGAAAACCUGGCCUGGUGGUCGGGCUUUCCCUCGGACCCACAGAAUGGCCGGGGCCGAGUCCUCUCCUGAGCUUCAGUUACAAAAUAAAGGUAGCUGUCAAUGUGCCAGUGUCCUCCGCUUCCUCUUUACCACGUCCUUCCAGCUAAAAGCCAGUUAAAAAAUGGCUUCCAUAAGAAGAACCGGCCAUCCCGCGCGCAAUGUUUUUGGUGAUUUUAGUGAUAUUUCCUUAGAAGAUUCAAAAAUGGAAGAAAUCAGAACCUUGAAAAUCAGUAGAAGUCUUACCAAAAUAGCACCCGCUCAUAGCAGAUUUCUAAAAGGAAACCAAACCGUGGGUGUAGAACACUCACUUCUGAGAGAGAAGGCUGUUGUGGAGGGUGGGCACAAGCUCUCCUCAGGGAGACCCCCGACCACUGCCUCGAAGCUCAGGGCCAGCGCCGCACUCACAAAGCUGGCUCAGAUAGAAACCAAGAUCAUGAAUCGGAAGGCGAAGAUGGAUUUGUCUGACGUGGAAUCCGACCUGAAGACCUCUGAGGACAGUCUUCCAGAGCGCACAGACACAGUCCUCCCCAGGAGUACAGUCAAACUUUCUCCACACAGCCUGGAUGAAACCUCCCAGAAACAAGCCUGGGAAGUUUCCAUGGCCGAGAGCAAUGCGCGGAAUGGGAGGGUCAGUAGGUUUCUAAAGAGGAGGGAACCACGGGUUGAAAAUACCUUCCCUAAAGCACAUUUUGGAAAAGAGAGGAAUUUUCAAACACCCAAAGAGAAAAAACCUACUAGAAAACUAGAUUCUCCAGACAGCGAUGAGGAGGAAAUGAAAGAGUUGCUGGGAAGCUUGCUAGAAUCUCCUAGAGAAAAAGAAACAUACACGAAUCGGUGUUUCGGCAGCCCCAAAGUCAGUGAGAAAGAACAGACAAAACUGUCCUCGCCCCUGGCAACUUGUAAUCGGCUUUCUGUCUCUGUGGAUCUGACUGGCGGGGACGUUUCAUACACAUGGAAUCAUCCAGAUCAGAUCCCAACUCGGCCAAGAAUCCUUUCGCUACCCAGUGAGGAACUUUCCAGCCCAAAGUCAUUUCGGACAUCACCUCUGCCAGCCUCACAGUCCGCAGACGGGACCCUUCGCAGCGUGCGCUCAAGAGCUCACUCCUCACAGACUCACACUUCAGGGGACACAGCCGCCCCCACGGCACCGCUUCCCAUCACUGGCACCUCUCCAGAGUCAGCCUCGAUGGUGCGGCAUGACAAGUCCUCCUCCCCUGGAAGGAGUGAGGCGGGGCCUUGUGAUGAGUCCCUCUCAGAAGCUGCUGAUGACAGCCUGAACGAUUUUCGAAUCAAUCUUUUAUCCCUUGAUGAUCUGGCUCCAGCUGUCAGCGAGAACUCAGACUUGGAACAGAAAAAAGAAGGCCAGCGGGAAAAGGCAUCCAGCCAAAGCCCCCGGGCCGGGGGUCCCCCCACUGGAAGUGAGGUCUCAGAGUGCCUGAGUGAGCCGUCGGUCUCCUCCGCUGGGCCUGAGGGUGCUUCCAGCCCGAGGCCGAAGUCUCAGGAGCCCACGGCGAGCACGGUGAGCUCGGCUUACUCGGAAGAUUUUGAAACAGCAUCCGAGUCAAGGGCCCAUUCUGAGGAGUCUCCCGACAGGACGCCAGACACUCUGUCAGACUUCUCUGCAAGCCUGCAGCCAGACCUUCCCCUGCCAACACUCAAGCCUUGGAAGAAGCAGGUCAGGGACGUUACGAGAGUCCUCAUGAAGGAGACGGCUGUGCAGACCCUCGAGCCCGCCUUCACCUACCAGUGGGCAGAGGUACAUCAGGCACCACAGGCCCGCGCCGCUGUCCAUGGAGGACGCCCUGGAGGAGGUGAAGAAGGAGCUGUGAGUUCCAGGAGGAGCCAGCACCAGAUGCCCACGCCGGGGACACCGACGGGAGAUGCCAGGACACGGCUUCUGACCGGACUGCACGACUCAAGACAGACUCGCACGCCGGGCACGGCCCCUCCUGACUCGGCCCGAGUGCGCUUCUAACUUGAACACACAGAGAAAAAGGUCUUUAAAAAAAGUUUUUAUUUGAAGGCAAAACAGUAAAAUCCACAAGAAAUCGUUAACAGCAUGUGUUUACGUUUUAUCCUGAAUCAGACACGUUUGAACAAUUCACAGCUACAGGAAAUCUAGAACAAAAUCAAAUUAUUUUAUCACAUCAGGUUGAAAAGUUGGAGAGGACUCUGCAUCUUAUUGAAAAGAAUUUUUCAAAAAUGUUUCUGUACAAAGAGACGGCACCGCACGAGCUGCCCACAGACGCCAGGUGUGGCCGUCCCUGCGCCGACCCCAGGGCGGUGUCUGCCCCUCCCCCCCCACCGCCCGGCCGGGGGGCCCCCUCGCUGGUGGGGUGGGGCGGGCCGGAGGCGUGGCGGGGCUCGCUCUCCACACCCCAGAGCGGAGCAGGCCGUCCACGUGAGCGCUGGUGUUGGGUUCCUCUAAGUGAGAAACACAAGCAGAGACGCUUAAGGGUGCAGGCUCUUCGAGGGCGUCACUCCGUGACCUGAAGAUGCCUCAGAUCAGCUUCCUUAGAACCUUUGUUUCUGCAGGGACCGUGAGUGGCUAACGUUUGGGGAAAAAAUUUCAACUCAAACAACUAAAGUAACUGAACUACGGGCUGUGAGCACGUCUUAGAGGAAUCCGGUUUCAAAUUCUCACUGGGAUCCUCUGAGAGCAACAUUCCCUUCUCUAAAACUAAACAUCUGGAGUAAAAAAUGAAA